UUAUUUCAGUUUCAAUGACUUUGAUUUUGGGGGUAUACGGUGCUAUCAAUCUACAACUUGGCUCUAAUUGUUCUCUUCUAAUAACACCUAAUCCACUAUUUGUGGAGUCUAUAAAGGUGGAGCAAUUAGAUGAAGCAAACAAUGGACCUAUUCUAUAUGGAUUUUACAAAGAGCCACCACGUGAUGUUGUAACUACUUGGUCAGAAACUCAGAGCACCUAUAUCCCAGCUCAUCUUUACAAGGAUUGGGUGUAUAUAUUGAAUGAGGGGUCUCAAAUAAAUAUUUCGUACAGUGUGAACUCUCCGAGCUCAUCUUCUCUAAUCCUUAUAAUUGCCCAAGGUAUGUUUACACUUCCUGACCAGCUUCUUCAAGGAACUACUACUUUAUCCACUUUCAUGCAUCACUACAAUCAUAUAAUUAUAUCUUUAAGGCAUGCUUGGAAGUCUUAUGGUAAUUGAAUGAUAUGUUUUUUUUAAUAUAGUUUGAGGUUUUGUAUAUUCUAUUGUUAUGAUGUAUUUUAGAGUGUUGUUCUCAUAAUUUUGGAUACAAUUUUGCUAUACAUAUGUUUAUGCACACAUAUAUAUAAAAGCAAAACUACCCAUUUUGAUUCUUUUGUCAAAUCACGAGUAACGAGCCGUUGAUUUGAGUUGCUUACAGUUUGUUAUGAGCGAUUUAGAGUGUCAUUCUCAUAAUUUUGGAUACAAUUUUGUUAUACAUAUGUUUAUACACACACAUAUAUGUAUUUACUUCAUUGUUCAAAAGCAAAAGCUACCCAUU